AUGCCUCCUUCGAAAAUAGAGCCCGUCGAAGACGACGUCAACCGUCAUCCGCAACUAGGCACAUCCGGGGCCCUCAAGCUAUUCAUAUCCAAUCGUCCCAAGAUUCAAUUUCUCCGACUCUUAUGGCAGGAUCACUCUGGGCUUCUACGAGCCCGUAUAGUCCCAAUUGAACAAGGGCUUGCCAUCGCCAACGGAAACAAGGUCAUUCACGUCCCGCCGAUUGCUUUCCACUGCAUUGUUGACAACAACUUGCUGCCUGAUCUCGAUCCUACUGGCAAUCACUGGCUAGUUCCGGACUGGAAGUCACUCUCUUCGCGUCAAAAGCUGGACUCUUCCUACGCAAACGUCUUUUGCAAAGUCGUCGAGUAUGCUCCAGUUCGCCCUGGCCCCAAUUGGAACUUUUGCCCUCGCCAUGCCCUGGACAACGUCAUGCAGAAGGCGGCCGAUAUCUUUCAUGUACACUUCUUAGUCGGAUUCGAGGUGGAGUUUGAAAUCAUGAAGACGACUGAAACUGGAGAUUUAGUGUCCUUCAGUCAGGGUCUUGGCCGGUUCGCUGCCGAUGGUCUUCGAGAUCCGUGCUACCAAUACGUGGAAGAGACCGUUACUACGCUGCUCGAAGCAGGUGUGAAGAUUGAUGCCUUUCAGACAGAAGGUCGACGUGGCCAGUAUGAAAUCACACUAGGGUGUCUACCACCACUGGCCGCCGUCGAUCAGCUCGUGUUAGUCCAUGACACCCUCAAGCGUGUAUUUGGCAGCCAUGGCCUGGUAGCUACCAUGUCACCGCGGCCGGUGCAAUCGCGUCGACAGUCUACCGGGCAACACAUGCAUAUAUCGCUGAAUCCACCCUUCAUGCAGGAUCACUUCCUCGCAGGUAUACUACAGCGACUCCCAGCGCUAUGUGCGUUUUGCCUUCCCUACGACCUAUCGUACGAGAGAGUACAGCCGUAUUUGGCAGGUCAUUUAGUCGGCUGGGGCACGGAGAAUCGCGUAGUCCCUGUGCGCAAGAUCAAAGCUGGUCAUUGGGAAAUACGAUGCAUCGAUGCCACAACCAACAUGUACCUUGCGUUGGCGGCUGUAAUCAGCGCUGGUCUGCUGGGUUGCAGCAAUAAGGAGCCUCUGGUGUGGCCAGACACGGGAAUCGUGGCUGAUCCGUGGCCAAAGGAUGCACAAAGCCUCCCAUCAAAAUUGGAUGAGGCGCUGGAUAUUCUUGAAGGAUCGUAUGCAGAUCUAGAGGGCAUUAUGGAAAGCACCAUUAUUCAACACUAUCUGCGAGUGAAGAGAACGGAGAGUGCAAAACUGAAAGAAGUCUAUCAGGAAGAAGUGCGGCGAUUGAUCAAUGAGUUAUUCUAG